UCUGAUGAGAUCUAAUCCACUGAUGAUGUUGGUAGGGUGUAAGUCUGCAUUUUGGGGUGGCCAGGACCAAUACUACCAAGAAUAAAGUACCUGGCAUUCAUCAUUAUUAGAUGAAUGUAUCUUUAUAUUAACUACAGUUCUGACAUUACUGUAUUAGGGGAGAAAACUCUACAAAUAAAAUGUAAAAAUACAUAGCACAGUUCUCUGUUUCGGGGAUAAUGCCUGAAAAAACAGUAUUUUAGCAGUGUUAUACAGAUACUGAAUUAUUGGACUUGGGAAGUUCAGAAAUCCUGAAAUAAGAUGCUGCUGGUUCUCCCAGCAGGUGGCAACAGACUAACAGAAAACAGUUAAACAGGGAAGUGUUUAAAUCUUCAUUCACUUUCUGAGGAAGGUAUUUUAAUGUGUGGGAAAUGCAAAAUACAAAUCCCAAAUUAAAAGGAAAAGAGGAUUUUGUGUGAUCACCUAAGAAGUUACUAAGAGUGCUCUGUAUUGUAAAAUGUCAUCAUAAUGUUCUGAAAUAAUCCAUGAUUCUGACACUGCUGGUGAGUCACUCAGGUAACCAACCUGCAGGGAGGGAGCGAGGUACAUCCAGCAGAGGAGAAAAGGCAUUUAAUUGUCCUUCCUUUGCCUCUUGGUGGAUUUCAAUAUUUGCCCAGCAUAUUGAGCUGGGGGAAGAAGGAAGGGGAGCACAUUCAGAGCCAGUGAAGGAGCCCUGCCUGCCCCUGGGGAGUGUGAAUCCACUCCUUGGAUUGCUUUGCUUGCUUGCACAACUUCUGCUCUGUGUGUUAAACUGUACCUCAACCCACAGGCUCUCUCUGACUCUCCUGAUUCCGUGCUCAGCUGCCAGCUGGGGUUAAACCAGUACAACUAAAUUAUUCAAAUAUGCCAUUUUCAGAGGUGUGAAAAUGUGAGACUAUUCCUUAGCUUCAAAGCAAUGAUGGUUUUCUGAAGAAGUCUGAGAUUCAGCUUAGACAAAGCAGCAGAUGGAAAUCACCAUGGAAAUUCUUUGUUAAAAAACAAUUAUGGCUCUGGAAAUUAUGGGUCUGUAGCUUUCCCCAGCCAAAACCAGAGUAAUGAGGUUUGCGUAAAGAACAGCAAAACGAAGACUAUACCAAAGCGAGUUUAUAAAAACCAGAAUGAACAAUUUCUCACUGUUGAAAUGUAAGUGUUAAAGAAGAUAUUUCUAUGCUUGUUGCCAACAGUGGCAGAACAAUCUGUUAAUACCAUGUCAGAGUAGACUAACCUACAUCUGAGGAAUUGUCUGUUUAAUGUCUGCUAAUUAAACAUCAUCAUAAACUGUACAUUUAUAAGUCUGGGGAUACAUAAUGCAGAUUCAAGCAUUUGAGUGUGCCUUCUUUGUUACCUGGGGCUGGCAAACAUAAGGAUUUCUCCACUGAGAGAAGCUGCUGCUUUCCAGUGGGGAGCUAGUGCAGAAGGAGCAAAGUGGUGGAGGGGACUGCACUAAUUUGGUGCCAGAAUGUUGGGGUGAUGCCUCCAGGUCUGUCCUACAAUAAUCACUGCAAUAAGAGAUUUUUUUCUGUGUUUGGGCAGAGAAGUGGGAGUCUGCACUGGAAGCUGUCCCUGUGCUGCUGACAGCCUGGAUGACUGCACAUGGAAAGAGAAGUGAUAGAAGUAAAUUGAAGUGCUGUUAGAGAAGCCAGGAGAUCAUUUAAAAGUGCUAGUAGAACACAUUUAAGGAUACGUGAGUGCAUCUCUGUCCACGUUGGCCAGGCUGGGGUGCAGAUAGGAAACGCGUGCUGGGAGCUCUUCUGCCUGGAGCACGGCAUCCAGCCCGACGGCACCUUCAAGGACCUGCACGACAAGCUCGGCUCCGACGACUCCUUCACCACGUUUUUCAACGAGACAGCCACGGGCAAGCACGUGCCACGGGCUGUCAUGGUGGACUUGGAACCCACUGUGGUAGAUGAAGUACGGGCUGGCACCUUCCGGGAGCUUUUCCAUCCGGAACAGCUGAUCACUGGGAAGGAGGAUGCAGCCAAUAACUAUGCCCGUGGCCACUACACCAUUGGCAAGGAGAGCAUUGACAUGGUGCUGGACCGUGUCCGUAAGCUGACUGAUGCCUGUUCUGGACUGCAAGGAUUCCUGAUCUUCCACAGCUUUGGCGGCGGUACCGGCUCUGGAUUUACCUCCUUGCUGAUGGAGCGGCUCUCUGUGGAUUAUGGCAAGAAGUCCAAACUGGAGUUUGCCAUCUACCCGGCCCCUCAGGUGUCCACGGCCGUGGUGGAGCCCUACAACUCCAUCCUGACCACGCACACCACGCUGGAGCACUCUGACUGCGCCUUCAUGGUGGACAACGAGGCCAUCUACGACAUCUGCCGCCGCAACCUGGACAUCGAGCGCCCCACCUACACCAACCUGAACCGCCUCAUCAGCCAGAUCGUGUCCUCCAUCACGGCCUCGCUGCGCUUCGACGGCGCCCUCAACGUCGACCUGACUGAGUUCCAGACCAACCUGGUGCCCUACCCGCGCAUCCACUUCCCGCUGGUGACCUACGCGCCCAUCGUCUCCUCCGACAGGGCGCACCACGAGCAGCUCUCGGUGGCCGAGAUCACCAACGCCUGCUUCGAGCCCUCCAACCAGAUGGUGAAGUGCGACCCUCGCCACGGCAAGUACAUGGCGUGCUGCAUGCUGUACCGCGGCGACGUAGUGCCCAAGGACGUCAACGUGGCCAUCGCCGCCAUCAAGACCAAGAGAACCAUCCAGUUCGUGGACUGGUGUCCCACAGGCUUCAAGGUGGGGAUCAACUACCAGCCCCCCACGGUGGUUCCUGGAGGAGACCUGGCCCAGGUGCAGCGGGCAGUCUGCAUGCUGAGCAACACCACGGCCAUCGCCGAGGCCUGGGCAAGGCUCGACCACAAGUUCGACCUGAUGUACGCCAAGAGAGCUUUUGUGCACUGGUAUGUGGGUGAAGGCAUGGAGGAGGGAGAGUUUGCAGAGGCCCGAGAGGACCUGGCUGCCCUGGAAAAGGACUAUGAAGAGGUGGGAACUGACUCGUUUGAAGAGGAGAAUGAUGGGGAGUGAUUGUAAAAUACAUUUUGUUCCUGGUGAGCACAGAACUGUCUCUGUAUCACUGUAUUGUAUGUAUUGACAAUUAGGUCAGCUUUUCUGUAUAUUGUAAAUAUAAAUUUAGGAGAGGUUCAUGUAGUGACAUUUUUUAUUCUAUAAACAACAGGCAAAUUAUCCUGUAAGAUAUCAUCAGCUGUAGUAAUGCCCCACCACCCCCAGUAAUGUAAAAAGACUUGCUCACCCUUGCACACUUCAUGUGAGCCUCUUUCUGCUCUAAUGCACAUCCUAAACUCACUACAUUCCACACAGAUAACCCCAAAAAUCUGCAGGACUCUGCUUCCCAUGAGAGCAGCAGAGCCUACAGGGACACCACGGACACCUGCCAAAGCCAGGAUUCUGUGGAAUCCCCAGUCAGCUACAACCAUCUCUGGGGAUAUUUGAAAAGUCAUGGCAAUCAGGUGAAGUGCCAGGGGCUGCUUCACCACUCCUCACCCUCACUGAGCACACCUGGGGCUGCUUCAUCCCUCCUCAUCCUCACUGACCACACCUGGGGCUGCUUCAUCCCUCCUCAUCCUCAUGAGCACACCUGGGGCUGCUUCAUCCCUCCUCACCCUCACUGAGCACACCUG